GAUAAUUAUUGAUGGAGCUAAUUUGACUGUAUCUAAUGUCACCAUAGAAGACCAAGGUGUAUACUCGUGUUCAGCUCACACUGCUCUAGAUAGCACUGCUGCUAUGACUCAAGUAACUGUCCUUGAUGUUCCAGAUCCGCCAGAAAACCUUCACUUGUCUGAGAGACAGAACAGAAGUGUUCGGCUGACAUGGGAGGCUGGAGAUGAUCACAACAGCAAUAUUAGCGAGUAUAUUAUAGAAUUUGAAGGAAACAGAGAGGAACCUGGAAGGUGGGAAGAAUUGACUCGAGUCCAAGGAGAGGAAACAACAGUCAUGUUAUCUUUGGCUCCGUAUGUGAGAUACCAGUUCAGGGUCAUAGCCGUGAAUGAAGUAGGGAGAAGCCAGCCUAGCCAGCCAUCAGCCCAUCAUGAAACACCCCCAGCAGCUCCAGACAAGAAUCCACAAAACAUAAGGGUUCAAGCUUCUCAACCCAAGGAAAUGAUUAUCAAAUGGGAGCCUCUGAAACACAUGGAGCAGAAUGGACCUGGACUGGAGUACAGAGUGACCUGGAAACCACAGGGAGCCCCGGUGGAGUGGGAGGAAGAAACAGUCACAAACCACACCCUGCGGGUGAUGACGUCUGCUGUCUAUGCUCCAUAUGAUGUCCAGGUCCAAGCCAUCAAUCACCUGGGCUCUGGCCCUGAGCCUCAGUCAGUGAUUCUCUAUUCUGGAGAAGACUAUCCUGAUACAGCUCCAGUGAUCCAUGGGGUGGAUGUGAUAAACAGCACAUUAGUUAAAGUUACCUGGUCAACAAUUCCAAAGGAAAGAGUACAUGGACAUCUGAAAGGAUAUCAGGUAAAUUGGUGGAAAACAAAAAGUCUGUUGGAUGGAAGAACGUAUCCUAAAGAAGUAAACAUUCUGAGAUUUUCAGGACAAAGAAACUAUGGAAUGGUUCCUUCCCUAGAUGCCUUUAGUGAAUUUCACUUAACAGUCUCAGCUUAUAAUUCCAAAGGAGCUGGUCCAGAGAGUGAGCCUUAUAUAUUUCAAACACCAGAAGGAGUACCUGAAAAGCCAACUUUUCUCAAGGUCAUCAAAGUUGAUAAAGACACUGCCACUUUAUCCUGGGGACUACCUAAGAAAUUAAAUGGAAACUUAACUGGCUAUCUAUUACAGUACCAGAUAAUAAAUGACACCUAUGAGAUUGGAGAACUAAAUGAUAUCAACAUUACAACUCCAUCAAAGCCCAGCUGGCGUCUCUCAAACCUCAACGCAACUACCAAGUAUAAAUUCUACUUGAGGGCUUGCACUUCAAAGGGCUGUGGAAAACCCAUCACUGAGGAAAGCUCCACAUUAGGAGAAGGGAGUAAACGUGUCGGGAAGAUAUCAGAAGGAGUAAAUCUUACUCAAAAGAUUCACCCAGUAGAGGCAUUUGAGCCGGGAGCUGAACAUAUAGUUCGCCUACUGACUAAGAAUUGGGUUGAUAACAAUAGCCUUUUUGAAGAUGUAAUUGAGACAAGAGGGAGAGAAUAUGCCGGUUUAUAUGAUGACAUCUCCACGCAAGGCUGGUUUAUUGGAUUGAUGUGUGCGAUUGCUCUUCUCACGCUAAUGUUGUUGACUGUUUGCUUCGUGAAGAGGAACAAAGGUGGAAAGUACUCAGUAAAAGAAAAGGAAGAUCUGCAUCCAGACCCAGAAGUUCUGUCAGUGAAAGACGAAACCUUUGGUGAAUACAGUGACAGCGAUGAAAAACCUCUCAAAGGAAGCCUUCGCUCCCUUAACAGGGAUAUGCAGGCCACAGAAAGUGCCGACAGCUUAGUCGAGUAUGGAGAAGGUGACCACGGUCUAUUCAGUGAGGAUGGGUCAUUUAUUGGCGCCUAUGCUGGAUCUAAGGAGAAAGGAUCGGUGGAAAGCAAUGGAAGUUCUUCAGCACCAUUUCCACUCCGAGCGUAAACGCAGAGCAUAGAAACCCCUCAGCGGUGCACACCAGCCUUCCGUAUUUAUCUGCUUCAAGGGAGCAAGAACUUUUCCUCUAGGAAGAGAAACAUUGUGGCAAAAGACUUUAAUCCAGAAUUCGAACUUCCUGCAGUUGUGUUGAGAACAAUAGCACUGCCUUGAAAAAGUAAAAUACCUAGCACUACACGCCUUUCUUUUGUUUUUUCAGGUGCUCAAAAUGUAGAACACGAAACAAAUCCUGUAUUUAGAUUCACCUCACCUGAAUCCAAAGUAUCCAUCCAGUGAACUCCAUAGUUGCCUGGUUUUACUCUUCACUGUGUUUGUUUGCAGAGAUGUUGCUACCUUGUGGGUUUUCUGUGUAUGCACAUGUGUAUUCCGUCUCGGAGAACUGUCUUAGUGACUUCGCUUCCUGACAGGUUAAAAGAUGGUAAGCAAACUGGUUAUUUAAAAUGUAAAGAGAAUGAAUGUCUUACUUAAACAGUUCGUGGAAUAUAUACAGUCUAAAUUUAUUAUUUAAAAUUUGAGUAGUAGAGGUCUUAGGUGGACGAGCAACUAGUAUUUAUUGAGCUCCUAACUCUAUGCCCAGAGACGGUCACGCUUAAACAGAAUUCUACCUUUUUCAGUUUCAACGUGAAUUUGUAAUUUCUGUCACUCAUCACAGCUACAAGAAACAUCUUUGUUUUUUGUGUUUUUGUUUUGGACUCAAUUCAGCUGCAAAAGCAGUGGUCAGAAGGUUAUCUUGUGAAAGAACAGGCAGGAGGUGUCCGUGAUGCUGGGGUCUAAAAACUGGUAUCUAUUUAAUAGCUCCAUUUCUAAAUUGACUGCUUGUUCCUUUUCGCUAUGUUUGUGUAAUGGUAUGUUCCAUAUAUUUCAUGAAUGCCUUGUAAAUAAAUAUUAUGUUAAUAUUUACACAAUUUAAAAUAGAGAUUGUUUUAUUUUGGAGUGAGAAAAAGAACAUUAACAGGCAUGUCUGUGCAGCUGGAGAAUAUAGUAAUGCACCAUGUUUCAUCAUUCCAAAGCGCCAACCAAUCACAUGAGGUUCCCAAACUGAAAACUUUGUACAAAGCCUUUGGAUUUUGUUCUUAUGUGCUUUUCCCACCGUCUCAAAAUAAAAUAUCAUCAUAUAAAUAUUG